AACACGCUGCAGGAUGAGCUAACGGAGUGAAACUCAGCAAAAUAGUGUUAAUAAAACUACAACACGGAGUAGAGACAUUUUUUAUCAACAACAGGCUGUACACUAGAUAUUUAAAUAGUUUUUUUAAAGACAUUUAUUUAGAGUUUAGUUCGUAGUUUAAGGCUGUAGUGACGAAAACUGAAGACUGACUGACAUCUGCCCCAAAAUCUGCACCUGUGGUUUGUUUUAAUCAUCAAAAAUACAGAUAAUUGAGUCUGUGGUGAAGCUUCAGGAUGAAUGAAGAAGAGCUGGUGGAGUACUUCAGGGCCCAGAUGAGGAAAGACCCUGACAUGGCUUCUGCUGUGGCCGCUAUCCGAACUCUGCUUGAAUUCCUCAAGAGAGACAAAGGAGAGACUCUGCUGGGUCUGAGGGAGAGCUUGACGUCGGCCACAGACUGCCUGACCAGAGUGGAUUCCUCUGUGGCCGUUUCCUCAGGAGGAGAGCUCUUCCUUCGCUUCAUCAGCCUCACAUCACUGGAGCACCAGGAUUUGUCUCGCUGUAAGAAGGUGAUGGAGGAGAGAGGAGAACUAUUUCUUGAGAAGAUCUCAAUGUCGAGGACCAAAGUUGCCAAACUGUGUCACACCUUCAUCAAAGACGGAGCUAAAAUCCUGACUCAUUCCUUCUCCAGAGUCGUCCUCCGAGUGUUGGAAAAAGCCGCCGGAGAGAAGAAACGUUUCUCUGUGUAUGUGACGGAGUCUCAGCCUGACGCGGCCGGGCGACAGAUGGCCGAAGCUCUGAGGAAACUCAAUGUUCCAGUAACAGUAGUGCUGGAUGCAGCUGUGGGGUACGUCUUGGAGAAAGUAGAUCUGGUUAUAGUCGGUGCAGAGGGAGUCGUGGAGAGCGGAGGAAUCAUCAACAAGAUCGGCACGUAUCAGAUGGCCAUGUGCUCUAAAGCUCACAACAAGCCUUUCUACGUUGUGGCUGAGAGUUUCAAGUUUGUGCGUCUCUAUCCGCUCAAUCAGCAGGACGUGCCUGAUAAAUUUAAGUACAAAGCGGACACCCUGCAGACCGUACAGAACCUGUCAGAAGAACAUCCGAUGAUCGACUACACGCCUCCGUCACUCAUCACGCUGCUCUUCACUGACCUGGGAGUCCUCACUCCGUCCGCUGUCAGCGACGAGCUCAUCAAACUUUAUUUAUAACUCUGCCUCUAAAUUCAUCCUCCAACAAAAUAAAAAAGA